UGAGAGAUUUGAGUUCAAUUCUCAACUCAAUCAAUCUUGUUAAGAACCUAAAUGUGAUAGAUUGAGCGCAGGCAUGCCAAAGAUGCACAAAUAGCACAAACAGUGCACUAUUGUCUGAAAGUAGGAUGAUCAUCACACGAAAAUGAUGCCACCCUCUAAGAAACAUUUGAAAGGCUCCCUUCAUUUCGUCUCCCAUACCCUUCCCAGCACGCCCAGCAGAGGCAGAGCAGCAGAGCAAACCUGCCUUGCGCUCCUCCAAGCCUGCAUCUCCCUACGACACCUCCUACAAACCACCGCCUUCAUCAUCAAAUCCGGCCUCCAAUCCAACCCCCUCGUCCUCACCAAAUUUGCUGCCGCUUCCUCCUCCCUUGACGCCCUCGAGGUCGCCACGUCCCUCCUCUUCUCCCCCCAUGCCUCCACUCACCUCUACGACGCCUUCCUAUUCAACACCGUCAUCCGUUCCCAUGCCCAGUCCGACCGCCUUGGAGAAAGACGGUUGGCCAUCUCUUAUUUCUCCGCCAUGCUCCGCUGCAGGUUGCUCCCCAACAAGUUCACCUUCCCCUUCCUCCUCAAGGCCUGUGCCAGCCUGCCGGAACCUACUAGCGUCGGAGCCCAAGUCCACGCAUGUGUUGUGAAAUAUGGGUAUAGCUCUGAUCAGUACGUCCAGAACACACUCAUCCAUAUGUACUCGGGAGCACCCAGCAGUCUCGAUUUUGCCCGGGAAUUGUUUGAUAGAAUGCCCAAGACAAGUCCUGUCACGUGGAGUGCGAUGAUCGGGGGCUACGUCCGGUCGGGCUUCUCCGACAAAGCUGUGGCUCUCUUUCGUGAGAUGCAGGGCAGAGGCAUCCAACCCGACGAGAUCACGGUCAUAUUGGUGCUCUCUGCUUGUGCUGACCUAGGGGCGCUCGAACUCGUGAGAUGGCUCGGGUCUUAUGUCGAAAGGGAAAACAUUCCAAAGGCUUUACCUUUGUGCAACGCACUACUGGACGCUCUUGCCAAGUGUGGGGACGUCGAUGGGGCGGUGGCUCUCUUCGAGCAGAUGCAUGCAAAGAGCAUCGUGUCGUGGACGUCCGUGAUCGAUGGCCUCGCCUUACACGGGCGUGGCAAGGAAGCAGUUCGAGUCUUUGAGAUGAUGAAGGGUGCCGGGGUGGUUCCUGACGGCGUGGCAUUUAUCAGUGUGCUCACUGCUUGUUGUCAUUCCGGCAUGGUCGACGAGGGCCGCCACUAUUUCGAUUCUAUGAAGAGCGACUUGGGCAUCGAGCCUCAGAUCGAGCAUUAUGGAUGUAUGGUUGAUCUGUUUAGUAGAGUGGGUAUGGUUGAACGAGCACUGGAGUUUGUCAGAACAAUGCCGAUGGAGCCGAGCCCGGUGAUCUGGAGGAUGCUCAUCGGUGCUUGUCGUGUGCAUGGCAGGCUGGAGCUUGGUGAGAGGAUCGCCAAGAACCUACUUGAGGAGGAUCCGGUGCAGGAUUCAACGUAUGUGGUUUUGUCGAACUUGUACGCUUUGAGAAGACAAUGGCAAAAGAAAUGGGAGACUAGGAGAGCCAUGAGCGAGCGUGGGAUCAGAAAGGUACCGGGAUGUAGUUUGGUGGAGCUGAAUGGUGAGAUAUACGAGUUCAUUGCUGGAGAUGAGUCGCAAUUGCAAUACAGGGGAGUUUAUGAGAUGUUGGAGGAGAUAGGGAGGAAAAUAAAGUUAGCAGGUUACCUUCCUAGGAAGACGGAGGUGCUGCUCGACAUUGAUGAAGAGGACAAGGAGGACGCACUGCAUUGGCACAGUGAGAAGUUAGCCGUUGCUUUUGUCUUGUUGAAGACCCCUCCCGGAACACGUAUUAGGAUUGUGAAGAACUUGCGUGUCUGUGGGGAUUGCCAUGCAGCUUUUAAGUUUAUCUCCAAGGUAUAUGAUAGAGAGAUUGUAGUGAGGGACAGGAAUCGUUUCCAUUGUUUCGAAAAUGGUGCGUGUUCAUGCAAGGAUUUCUGGUGAUCGAAAGCUUUUACAUGUUUCAGAUUUUUUUUGUUUUGUUUUGUUUUGGUGAGAGUCAAUUUGCUUAAAGAACAGGUUAAAAAGUUG